AGUAGUGUCGGCCAAGGCCUCUUGCCCAUCAGGGGCGGUGUUUACAUCUGAGUGUAGUUGGUAACACUCAGUAAUUUCAGUGUUGCUUUUAUAUGAGCUGAGAUGGAUCAGAAGGUUCUGUAUUUGGCUGCAGCAGAGGAGACAGAAGGAUUGCAACAAUGUCUGAAGCACAUGAAAGAGCAGGAGAUUGGCACCUUGAUAACAAGUCAUGCAUUGAAAGGGAAGGACAUUGGAACGCUUGUCAGAGCUAUUUUUAAAGGUUCCCCAUGCUCUAAAGAUGAAGGAAUUUGUAGGAGGCUUUUUGUUUAUAAACACUGCAUGCAACUGAUUGAAUCAGGAGACCUUCAGUCAGAAAUAGCAACAGACAUGAUUGGUUUGCUGAUGGUUGAGGCUCACCAGUUGCCCGGGGCUACUCUAGCUGAAUUAGCAAGUCUGUAUGUUGAUGCCAUCAAAGGAGGCUGCAUUCUGAAUGGCAAAUCGCUGGAUUUGUUCCCUACAAUACUUACUGUUCUGGCCACUCAAGAAAGCCUAAGUUAUGCUGGAGGUCAUUUGUGUGGUGAAGAAUAUAAAAAGCAGUUGAUAAACACUUUAUGCUCGAGUAGAUGGGAUCCAAAGUGCGUGAUUCACCUCACAUCCAUGUUUAGGGAUGUACCUGUCAGUACAGAGGAACUUCAGUUUGUUAUGGCAAAGGUUCUGAAGAUGUUCCCUACAUUGGAUUUGCAGGAGUUGCCUCCACUUGUCUACCAGUUACUCCUCCUUUCUGCUAAGGGUUGUAAGAAGACUCUUUUGGAAGGAAUCAUAACAUUUUUCCAUCAGCAGGAUCAAUUGCAAAAAGAAGAACAGAUAGGAACUGAGUCCAUGGAAUUGGAAGCUGCAACUGUGCCAAGUGACCAGCUCCGUCACAUAGAAGGAACCAUAAUUCUUCACAUUGUAUUUGCUAUCAAAUUGGACCAUGACUUGGGACGUGACCUACUCAAAUAUCUGAAGGCUGGUCAACAAGGUGACACCAGUCGGGUUCUCUGUUCUUUCAGCAUUGCGCUUUUGCUAUCGGUAGCAAGGAUACACCGAUUUGAGGAACAGGUAUUUGACUUCCUAAAAACAGUGACUGUUAAAAGUUUUAAAGAUAGGCUGUUUCAGCAAAAUUCAAAAUUUCUCCAGGACUUGAUUCCUGUUCAGCGCAGCGUGUCAGAAAUUAUUCUGGAGACGGUGACAAACAGUGUGUUUGGUUGGGACCAUGUUACUCAGUCACUGGUACAGCUGGGCUUUAUACUCAUGGAUUCCUUUGGACCGAAAGGGGGUCCUCUUGGGAAAGUUAUGGAGAUCAAUUCAAUGGCAGCAAAAACACCAGCACAACAAGCUUCUAGACUAGGAGCCAAGAUUCUUCUGGAAACGUUCAAGGUGCAUGAGCCAAUUAGAAGUGAAAUCUUGGAGCAAGUUCUGAACAGGGUGAUGACAAAAACAACCUCGCCCAUCAGUCAAUACAUAGACUUGCUAGCUGAUAUUGUCACAUCUGCUCCUCUCAUUCUCCUGGAUUCUUCCUCCAAAGUUAUUGAGACAUUUGAUCACCUGUCCUAUUUGCCCCUCAGCACUGUCCAGGGACUACUAAAGGCUGUGCAGCCUCUGCUGAAAAUCAGUGUGUCCAUGAAGGAUUCAUUAAUUUUGGUCUUGCGGAAAGCCAUGUUUUCCAGCCAUUUGGACUCCCGGAAGUCAGCAGUUGCUGGCUUCCUGCUGCUGCUUAAGAACUUCAAGUUGUUGGGAAGUCUGGCUUACAGUCAAUGCACUCAGACUCUCUCAGCCAGUCAGGUGCAAGUGGAUGUGCACACAAGCUACAAUGCCUCUGCCAAUGAAGCCCUAUGUUUGGAAAUUUUGAGCAGUCUAAGACGUUGUCUUAGUCAGCAAGCUGAUGUGAGGCUCAUGUUGUAUGAGGGUUUAUUUGAUGUUCUACGACGAAAUUCACAGCUGGCAAAUACCAUUUUACAAACACUUCUUUCUCAGCUGAACCGAUAUUAUGAACUGGAGGAGGACCUGCUGCCUCCUCUCAAGCUGGAAAGUUGCAUCACCACUCAGGCAGGUCAGAUCUACCUCCAGGAACCUCUGGCGCACCUUCUGAGUUGUAUUCAGAACUGCUUGGCCUGGUAUAAACAGUCCUUAGUGCACCAUAGGACGGGUAAUAUCGAUGAGGAGGAAGAGGACAAUGAAGAUAGUUUUCAACAUGAUUUAGAGACGCAGUUGGAUUCAAUCACUCGGAGAAUGAUUAAGAGUGAACUGGAAGAUUUUGAGCUGGACAAAUCAGCAGAUUUUUCAUUAACGUCCAAUGUAGGAAUUAAAAAUAAUAUCUAUGCUGUUCUUGUAAUGGGAGUCUUUGAAGUUCUGAUGGAGUACAACUUUAUGACCGGCAACUACAGUGCAAAUCGAUUUGAAGAUGUUAUAAGUCUCUUCAACAGUUACCACAAACUUUCCGAACUUUUGAAAGAGAAAUCUGGAAAAGGCAAAUCUCUCUCAUCCAAUAAAGCAAUUAGGAGUCUUCUAACCUUCAGUUUCGUCUCUAGCUUGCUGACAGCACUUUUCAGAGAUAAUGCACAGAGCCACGAGGAGAGUUUGUCUAUUUUGCGCUCUAGUAAUGAGUUCAUGCGUUACGCCGUAAGCAUAGCUUUACAGAAAGUACAGCAACUUGAAGAGACGGGACAGGCAGAUGGACCAGAUGGACAAAAUCCUGAGAAGACAUUCAAAUACCUUUGUGACAUUACUCGUGUUCUGCUUUGGAGGUAUACUUCAAUUCCAUCAGCAGUGGAAGAAUCUGGAAAGAAAGAGAGAGGAAGAACUAUUUCAUUGCUAUGUUUGGAUGGAUUACUGCGCAUAUUUAGCACAGUGCAACACAGAUAUCAAAACAAAAUUCAACAGUUCUUCAUUGCAAUAGAUGUGAUGAGUGAUGGAGAAGAAGAGCAGGAGGGCAUCAAUAUUACCGAGAAAGCAGCUUUCCACAUCAGACAGUUCCAAAGAUCUCUUGUGACACAACUGAGUGGAAAUGAAGAGGAUUUUAACAGCAAGGAAGCACAGCUUUUAGUGAGCAUAUUGUCAACACUCUCCCGGCUAUUAGAACCGACAUCUGAACAAUUUGCUCAAAUGUUAAUGUGGACAAUAAAGAUUUGCAAAGAAAGUAAUUUAGAAGAUGUACAAUUCUGUAAAGGAUUGAUGAGCAUGAUGUUCAGUCUGCAUGUUCUGUGUAAGAGUCCAGUGAGCUUACUCCAAGAACUAUCUCGAGACAUUCACAGCCGCUUGGGUGAUAUUGAUCAGGAUGUUGAAAUAGAUGAAGAAUCCCACUUUGCCAUAGUGAACUCGAAGACUGCAGCUCCAACUGUGGUGCAGCUUGUUUUAUCUCAAGUGGAGAAGGUUUUGGAAGAAGUUGAUUGGCUUAUCACAAAACUGAAGGCCCAGCUGAACUUCGAAAAGGCACUGACUGAUGAAAAUUCUCAAGGAUCAUCUGUGAGAGAAACUGUGGAAAAAGCAAUAAUUCUUCAGUUGGGUACCCUGCUAACUGCUUUCCACGAACUUAUACAGACAUCUCUUCCAUCGGGAGCCUGCGUGGACAUCCUCCUGAAGGAGUUGGGCAAAAUGUAUAACAUUCUCACCUCAUUAGUAAAAUAUUACAUCCAUGGGUACACAACAAAUGUCGCACAUCUUCCUGCAAGGUUUGAGAAAUUGGUUAAACUUUCAGGAUCACAUCUAACACCUCAGUGCUAUGCUUUUAUCACCUAUGUUCAGAAUAUCCAGAAUGAAAUGAUGAGCUUUGGAGGAGGUGCGGGGAAGAAAAAGGACAAAAAGAAGGAAAUGGCAGCCGUUAGUGCAGCAACGGCUCGAGUACUGCGUGAAACCAAGCCUGUACCCAACCUAAUAUUUGCCAUUGAGCAGUAUGAGAAAUUCUUGAUUCAUCUUACCAAGAAAUCAAAGGUGAACUUAAUGCAGUACAUGAAGCUCAGCACAUCUCGAGAUUUCCGAAUUAAUGUAGCCACAUUGGAUGCAGUGCUCCAAGAACAGGAAGAUGGAGGUAUUCAGCAGGAUGAGAAUGAACCUGGUGAUCAGUCAAAUACCACUGUAGACGAAAACAGAGAACCAAAGAAGAAAAAAAGAAAAAGAUGAAUUAAGAACACCGGUGAAUAUUUCAUCCAGAGAGGAUACUAAAGUUAAGCUCUUACCCAUCACAAGAUCUGAACCAUGCAAA